CGAAGCCUUUGAAAUACGAGAGUGUUUUGGGUGCAAAGACGGAACCUCGAGGCCCCCGUCAACUUGUCCACACCAUUCUCACACACUCUUUUACAGCAACCCCUUUAUUAGCGCCUGUGUGCCUGCGUGGCCCUCAAUAUAUUACGAAUCGCUUGCCUGCACGUACCCCUUGCGCGAAUCUCAGUAAUCCGCAUCCAACUUUGACACCGCAAACACCAGAGUUGCCCAUCACACACACCCGAGAGCAUAACCUUCGACGCAUGUGCCUACACACCUAACACCCCGACUGUGCUUGGGUUAUCAUCACGCCUUUGCAUCUAUCCGUUCCUUUGAUACCCUUAGAGUUGGCCAUUGUCGACUGUGAAGUUAUACCACACCCCGGCUCACAUUCCCAUCACCGUCACCAUGAGGUUACGGCAAUCACGGGUGCAUACCCUUCUACUUGUCCUCCCCGCGUUACGGGCCCUCGCUGCCUCGAUCCCAGUAGACACAACCGAUAAGCCUCUCGCACGAGCAGCUGUGCCCGCAUACGCCGACGUCAGCUCCCUUCCUGACCCUUCGCUCGCGCCCGCGGCUCCAGGCUCAAAAGGCACAAAGGAUGCGCCAGUGGAUGGACUCGAUGGGAAACCUCACGCGGGGCCAUACGUGGACGAUACCCCCACAUCACACGACAAGAAACCCAACGUCGUCGAGGAGCUGCGCCCGGGCAAAACGCCUGUUAGCUCACACAAAGAUUCAACAACGCUGGUAGGAGAGGACAGCGUGCUGGAUGGAGAUAAGAGUGUGAUGCAAGAUCCAAAUAGAAAACUGGCCACAGGCAGCACGGGAACGGAGGGCGGAGUUUCUGCAAAAGACAAGGAGCGUCUGGCACACGAGGAGAAAACAGGCGAGAAGAUGGAGAAAGUGCCAGAGUCGCCCAAGGAAGCCCCACCACUACCUCACGCCGACCAGAAGCAGCUGGGGGAUGUGCCGACCACAACCACUACCUCGCGUGUACUGGGUGCGGUUGGGCUGGAGAAACCCACCGGCCUCCCUGACACCCCUCAUGACGUCCCACAUCCUGUUCCAGGCUUGCACGAUGACACAGACCCGCUAGACACCAUACCCAAGACGAAGACACCCGCGUCGUCAAAACCCGAUGAGGACGUUGGCGGUGGUGUCAUUCAACCCUUCCACUCUUUCGUGCUCUCAUUUACUAUGAUUAUCUUCUCAGAGAUCGGAGAUAAGACCUUUCUUGUUGCUGCCCUCAUGGCUAUGCGACACCCCCGACUACUGGUCUUUUCGGCCGCUUUCUCCGCUUUGGUUGUCAUGACCGUCCUUUCUGCCGUCCUGGGCCACGCCGUUCCCGCGCUUCUCUCCGAACGCUUCACUCACUUCGCCGCCGCUGCCUUGUUCCUUGUUUUCGGUGUCAAGCUCAUUAGGGAGGGUCUUGCCAUGAGUCCUAAUGACGGUGUGGGUGAAGAGAUGCGGGAGGUCGAGCAGGAGCUUGAAGAAAAAGAGCAGCUUGCCCGCCACCAGAAAGGUCGUAGAACCUCGUCCAUUUCACCGUAUGCGCUCGAGUCCGGCCGCGUGCGACGCUCAAGAUCGAACUCACGGCUACCCGCACCAGCCCGUAGCCCUUCAACAUCGCCGGAUCGUUCCCCGUCACCGAACCGGUCCUCCGUAACUGGCGCCAUGGGUGGCCUAAACAACCUCUUUUCCUUGCUUCUCAGCCCUGCGUGGGUACAGACCUUCGUUAUGACUUUCCUUGGUGAAUGGGGUGACCGCAGCCAGAUCGCUACAGUUGCCAUGGCUGCUGGCUCUGACUACUGGUGGGUCACUGGAGGUGCUGUUGUCGGACACGGUCUUUGUACUGCAGGUGCUGUUAUUGGUGGCCGUGCCAUUGCUGGACGGAUCAGCAUGCGCAAUGUCACGCUUGGUGGUGCGAUUGCCUUCCUCGUCUUCGGCGUCAUCUAUUUACUCGAGGCCUUUUACCAUGAGUGAAUAUAGCAAAUCACAGCAUUGUACGGCGCUCUUGGUUGGUAGUUGGCUUGUUGAUGUAUAUGUUGUAAUUCAGUAUACACGCGAGCUCUGCAUGGGUUGACUCUUUCAAUGUAAUACUAACUGUACUCGUGGCUCGUUGUAGCACGCCCAAAAAAGUUCGCACAGGAGUUCAUGGAUUGCAUAGCAAGGGGUCUAUGAAAUAAGGAAGCGGUACAUCAUAGUAGAUCAUAGGCGUGGUUUCGCCACGAAUUGGUUUUAGCCAUCGUCUUCAAUUUAGACUUGAUGAACAAUUGAUGUGGUUCGAAACAACCCCGAUGCCCAAUUUGUGCAUGCUCAGUGUACUAUAUCAUUUCCGCCUUGCAGUCUAUUAUGAUUCCCAUUCUGCGUAUGAUCUUCCACACUCUUUUUUAAAUCUAAAACUGUUGCGCAAUGCGUUUCCGCUGGUGUUUGGGCG